AUGUCAUCAAAUACAUCACCAGAACAUUUGUUAAAAAACCUUGACAACAAAAUUCUUGACCUGCUACAAAAAGCUUACAUCUUGGUCGGUCCCGCUGACGAAGAAAACCAGAAAGCUGGGUCGUUGCAGGAAAGACUGAGUCUUAGAUUAAAGCAAAUUUCUGUUGAGAGGGAACAACAAUCGGAAGAAUUGACCUUCGCGCGAACGAGUGGUAGGAGCGUAAGAGAAAAUUAUGUCACAAAGUGUUUGGAAAUUCUGGAGGAUUUGGAGUUGACUUUAAGAAGCGUCGAUGAGAUUAAAAGUGGUCAAGAGCUGGCCGAAAGCAAUAAAUUGCAAGAACCAGAUUCCUUGGGCGUACGAGACUUGAGGCUUGUUCACACGAUGCUGGAGAUCGUAGUCAGUUGGGGCAUAUACCCUUGCCUUCUUCCGGGAGUCGGAAUUCCAAUUUCACACAGAACUCGAUCCGGGUACAUCCAGAACGAAUUUUUUGAGAAAAUGACAAGUGACGACGACGAUAGUGCAGCAUUCGACGAUCCACUGCAAAAAUCAAGAUGGUUAUUCAGAAUAUCAAGAUCAUUAACAAGCAUCGUAUUCCCAUCAUCGAGCAAAUCAAUUUCGUGUACCUCGGUUUCGUCCACCAUAUAUAGAAAGCAUGUCACAGAUAUUUAUGCUGCAUUGUUGCAAUUGGCCUAUGGACCGAUUUUAUCGAGCAAUGGACAGCAGGAGUUGAAACGACGUGAGGCAAAGCGGCAAUUGAUAACUGUGUUGAGCAAUGAAAACAGGGAGGACGUGGUGGUUGGUGAUAAAACACCCAGGGACAUUGAACUGGAGGAAAUACGCAAAGACUGCAUAUCAACAUUCAGAGAAAUUUUCGAAAGAUCGGACUCUUUUCAGUCUCUGGAGGCUUUGACCACUCUUUUGGCGUCAUCGCCAUCGCAUCAACCACCAAAAUGGUUGAAGAAUGCUUGCGGGAGGUAUUUAACCCGAGUUUUAUUGAGACCAAGCGGCGUGAAGGAUGUCAUUGAAUUUAUGAUUGGAGGGGAUGGCGAAGCAAGUUUGUCCAAGGUCGAGGCCAUAUCCCAAUUGGUACUUUCCGUUCCUAAUACCGCGAAAUCCAACGAGGCAUAUUUUUCCAUAAUAUGUCCACAGUUGCUGUCCAUAGUUCAAUCAGAUUCAACUUUACUACCAAACUCUAACGCAAAGUUGGCACCACCAAUUGUCAAUGUUGCAUCCUUAAUAAUCGCAAGAAUGUUUAGCAAAUUUCCCAUGAUCACAAAACAAUUCAUAAUUACCAGAAUAUUUGGUGCAUUGUGGCAAUGGUGGGGCAUAACGUUGGAGAAAAAGAAUCAAAUUUCACGGAACUACAAUCCCGCCACAGACCUUGAUCCAUUGAUAAUGGAUGAACAAACAUUACAAUCCACCAUUACGGUGAUACAUCGCCUAUUAGUCGGAAGUGAGCCGAUACCCGAUCUACUACAAUUCUUCUUGCAAGACUCUGUUGCGCCAUUAUAUUACUUGUAUUCAUUCACGUGCACAUCAAAAUCCUUCUUGAAAGAUAUUGUAAUGGAUAUCUUAUUGACAUAUUUUAAAAUUGUGUCGGUCAGCGAAGGUGUCGAAACAUUCAAGGAAAUAGUGUUUAGGAAAAAUAAAAGAUUGAGACCCCCUGAUGUCGGGGAAGUUGGGGAGGUCUAUUUCUCGCCUGGACCUUCCGGAGGUGCCGUCAUGAGAUCACGAAUGACCGCAGCCAAUUCUCCGGUCACCGCAACCACACUAGAUGUCAACCUAUUCAUCGAUUUCGUGAAAUCUAUAUCAAGGAACGAGUUGUCUGGAGAUCUCUUUAUGUAUCUUCUAACGGAAUACACAUCAUCACGUUCCGUUCGACUACAAGAGUCGAAUCCCAGGCGGUAA